GGCCGACCAGCGCAGCCGCCCUCCGCGCCCCUAUCCCGCGUUCCGCACGCGCCCGCACCCGGUCCCCACAGCAUGAGCCGCCAGCUGCACCAGCGCCCCGCCGGGGAGCGCCCCAGCUUCAGCGGCUGCUCGGCCGUCAUCGCGGGCCGGGUCAGCGGCAGCUCCGCCUCGUUCCGGGCCGGCGUCAAGAGCACGGCGGCCUUCGGCAGCCGCAGCCUCUUCAGCCUGGGGGGCGGCCGGCGCCUGGCUCUGUGCGCCGCGGCCGGCCGGGGCGGCGCCUACGCGCUGGGCCACUGCUCCGGCACCGGCGGCCGGCUGGGCGGCUUCGUGGGCACCGUCUUCGGCAGCGCCGGGCUGGGGCCCGCGUGCCCGUCCGUGUGCCCACCCGGCGGCAUCCCUCAGGUCACCGUCAACAAGAGCCUCCUGGCCCCCCUCCACGUGGAGCUGGACCCCGAGAUCCAGAAGGUGCGCGCCCAGGAGCGGGAGCAGAUCAAGGCGCUGAACAAUAAGUUCGCCUCCUUCAUCGACAAGGUGCGGUUCCUGGAACAGCAGAACCAGGUGCUGGAGACCAAGUGGAACCUGCUGCAGCAGUUAGACCUGAACAACUGCAGGAAGAACCUGGAGUCCAUUUAUGAGGGCUACAUCAGCAACCUCCGGAAGCAGCUGGAGACACAGACAGGCGACAGGGCGCGGCUGGACUCGGAGCUGAGAAGCAUGCAGGAUUUGGUGGAGGACUACAAGAAGAGGUAUGAGGUGGAGAUUAACCGACGCACAGCUGCUGAGAAUGAGUUUGUGGUGCUCAAGAAGGACGUGGAUGCCGCCUACAUGAACAAGGUUGAGCUCCAGGCCAAGGUGGACUCCCUGACGGAUGAGAUCAAAUUCUUCAAGUGCCUCUAUGAAGGGGAGAUCGCUCAGAUGCAGUCCCACAUCAGCGACACAUCUGUCAUCCUGUCCAUGGACAACAACCGGGACCUGAACUUGGACAGCAUCAUCGACGAGGUCCGCGCCCAGUACGAGGAGAUCGCCCUGAAGAGCAAGACCGAGGCCGAGGCCCUGUACCAGACCAAGAUCCAAGAGCUGCAGGUCACAGCGGGCCAGCAAGGGGACGACCUCAAACUCACCAAGGCUGAGAUCUCAGAGCUCAACCGCCUGAUCCAGAGGAUCCGCUCAGAGAUAGGGAAUGUGAAGAAGCAGUGCUCUAACCUGGAGACGGCCAUCGCCGAUGCCGAGCAGCGGGGCGACUGCGCCCUGAAGGACGCCCGGGCCAAGCUGGAUGAGCUGGAGGCCGCCCUGCACCAGGCCAAGGAGGAGCUGGCCCGGAUGCUGCGGGAGUACCAGGAGCUCAUGAGCACGAAGCUGGCCCUGGACGUGGAGAUCGCCACCUACCGCAAGCUGCUCGAGGGUGAAGAGUGCAGGAUGUCCGGGGAACACCCCAGUUCCGUGAGCAUCUCUGUGAUCAGCAGCACUGGCGCUGGGGCAGGAGGGGCUGGCUUCAGCGUGGGCUUCGGCGCCUCGAGCAGUUACGGCUUUAAACCCGCGGCCGUGGACGUCAAAACCAAAGGCAACUGCGGCAGCGAGUUCAAGGAUCCCCUGCCCAAGACCUCAGGCAGCAGCUGUGCAACCAAAAAGGCCUCGAGAUGAAGGGCUGUGCGCAGAAAGCUGCAGAACCCGUCUGCUCCACCCCCACUCCCUGCCCGCCCCCACCCUGUCCCAGCCUUGAAGUGCUUCCUCUGGAGCCCCAGUCCCUGAGCCGUCCCCUGUCCCUGUGGUCCGGGUGGUGCACGCUCUUUUGUGGGAAGUCCGGUCACGAGUGCUCUCGGUGACCUCCUUCUUGGCCAUUUAUCAUUGGGUCGCUGCCCCCAGUGCAGAGAUAACGCAUCUACGUAGGAGGUUUCCCCCUGGCCAGGUGUGAGCCCCUCUGUCCCCAUGCCUUUCUUGGGCCUUUGCGGCCCAGGGGGUCUCUCUGUCCUCUGCUUCGGGUCAUGUCCGGUUCUCCGCUUCUCCUGCAAUAAAUGAUCAGUGCCAUUUGA